GCGACCUGCCGGCUCGGCUCGGCUGGGCUCGGGCCGCUCGCCGGCGGUGGGGCCCUGGAUCGGCGGCUAAUAUCCUACACAGAAAGUGAGACUGAAUAACAUGCACAUGCUGAUUACUGGAGGAGAGGCUGAAGGACAUCCUGUUUUGAUUUAGCAGUGUUGUUAUUCUUUGGGGUGAAAUGAAGAAUUUGAUUCUGUUUUGGAAAUAUUCAGAUUUCUAAUGUGACUGAACUUCAGUAGCCUUUUUUGCAGUACAGAUACCAACAAAUGAAUUUUUCUUAAAGAUGCAGAACUUGUCACUAGUAGAAAGUCUUACUAAUACAGACACAUCACACCGGAUGUUUCUAAAAGACCUAGCAGUUGAAGUAGGUGGUAUGUCUCUCGAUGAAAGUGACUGUAACUUGAAUGAAAGGACAAAUAAUGAAGAAAUUAUUAAUCUCGAAGUAAUGCAGCAAAGCCUCCCUGUAGUGAAUAGCAAAGGGAGAAGUUGUGAGGGGUUUUCUGAGAGCAGUUAUAGUACCUCAGAACCCAGCGGUUCCUGGGGUGAUUUUGAAGGCUUCAGGGAGUCCUUAGACAAAUCAGAGAGAUUCAGUCAUAAUCUUGAAGUUUUGGUGAAGUCAAUAAAAACUUCUAGAGUUGAUACGGACUUAAGCAGCGGACGCUGUAGCACUUCUGCUGGUCACUUUUGUUCUGAGCCAUCUCUACACAGUGGGAUACAGGAGGCUUCGAGCUCUCUAAAUGAGGCAAACCACAGCUAUGAGGAUAUAUUUAAGUUGGGCUUUCCAGAAGUCUUUGUAUCACAGUCCAGAGAGAGCAUAAGAAGCUUAGAUCAAGUACUUAAUACAAAUAAUGAAGAUGUUGGGAUUCCUGAACUUAUGAAGAAUCAACUUUGCAUUGAUUCUGGAAAUAUAUGGAGAACACUUAGAGACUUUGAUAAUACCCCCAGCUUAAGACAUCCCAGGAAUAAAUCUCAUUGCCAAGAAAACCUCUUGAGUGUUCUUGGAAUAGAUGCAAAUCAAAAGGACUUUUCGGAGAGCCAGGAUGACAUUUUUGAGGAAUCAAAUCUUAAAGAUAAUGAGGACUUCAGAUUUGAUGGAGUCAGUAUUAAUGACUGCAAAGCACUGAUCCAGACCAAGCUUUCUGUAUCACCGGAUUCCAGACAUGGUCAUCUUUUCACCUGUAACCUCUUUUUGAAAACCACAUCGUCAAAUGGAAACAUGCAAUAUCUAACAAUCCCAAGGAAGAAGCACAUUUUCACUACACACAACCUAAAAAUGAAAUUUUUCAGUAGUGGUGUUUGUUGAACCAAAUGCACUUUUUAAUCUUUUUUUUUUCUUUCUUUUUGAACUGAAUGCAGUUUACCUUCAUUUUGUUACUGGCUUGGUACUAUAGACUACAUAUGUUCUUUAGGAAAGUGACAUAUUGCUGUAUAUGAGGUACCUAAUGCCACGUUAUUAGAAGAUAUUUAUCCUACUUGUGAAAUCAAAGGUGUAAUUUUGUCCUCCUAAGUUUUGCUGCAGGGUCAUGUCUCUUACAGUAAAUCCAGCUGCAAUCACACUUCAAAGAUACUCUGGUGGACUACUCUCCUGAACUACUGACCUUUCAGGCCUUAAUGCCUCUUCGAUGAAAAACCUUGUCUCCCUGCCAAAAACUAAACACACCGCAGGUGUGUUGUAAAGUGUGCCUUGUCACCAUCUCUCUGCAUAUCUGGUCCAGUUUGGAUCCGCUGAGAUCUGUUACUUUGCCACUGCUGAACACAAUGAGAGGAGCCUUGUACAUCUGGUGGCUUUCACUGGGGCUUAGGAAAAUAAAACUCUCUUAACUUCUGUCUGAUCAAGCCUACCGUGGUGAUAUGGGUAGAGUCAGUGAAAUGUUUUGUUCUGGCAUUGGUCUCUAACUGAAA